AUGUGCUACGUGCACUACUCGCCUGACGAAGAAGAGUACUAUGGCCUCCCGGGGCCCGGACCCAGACCUCUUCCGCGCUUGACGUGGGCCGUUCCAGUAGACGCAGCCGAGCUUGGUGCCAGCCUAGAAACCUUUGAAAUGCUCCUACCGCCAGUGCACAUGUUCCGCUUGUGCCAUCGCACUGGCAGUGGGCCGCUCGCCACCAUGCCCCAGGAGAUUCUCGACCUCGUUAUCGAAGCUCUGUACCAAUCCACCAAAGCCGACAUUAUGCUCGAAUGGAUUGCGCAGUUUAAAUGCUUUCAGGGACGAUGCAGAAAGACUCAACAUGUCUCGCUGGAAGUUGAUGAAAUCGAAGCCAUUUGGGCCGAGGUGUACGGCAAUCUACAACCAUGCUGUACGCACCACGAUAAAGGCAAAGGCUUGCGUCCAGAUGACUACGAUCUCGACGAGAAGCUAGAGAUGAUAGGCAACGACAUUGGUGACUGGAUGCACGAGGAGAUUUUUGAAGCACACGAGGCAGCGCGUCAGCAAUGGCUUGACAUGACUUGUCUCUGCCGGGCUCAAUCUGCUCAGUACACAGACCUGAAGACGUUUGCAGCUAGCCAGAAGAUUCUCAAGUCGCAUUUCGGUCUAGAUGCCACAUUUCUUCACGAGGCUUUCUCAGAUCGUAUGGUGCAAUUCCUUCCAGAUGUCCAUGGCCCUUUGAGUGCAGGAUAUUACACAUCCUGCUUCCUGGUCCUUCCUACGGGCAGUCACGAAAAUGCUGCACCACGGAGUCGCACACAAGCUCAUCAGAAUCGCGCUUUCCUCAAAAGCGAUUCUCGGCUUGCAUUCCAUCAGAAAAUUGAUCGCACAAGCCUGGAUCUCAGCGACGAACAGACAUCAAGGUUCGCUAGGGCCCUGCGGAUCCUUGACAUCCAGCCGUCUUUCCACCUGACCGAACUCGAGCCUAGUCUGGACCCAUCGAGCAAAGACGGCAUCCUUUCGAAGAUCAGCGACAAACAACUAAGCGGCUGCCCUCAGGUCUCAACAUCAUCUUCAACAAAGAAGAAACUAGCGCUGAAGCGAUACCUUGACCAAAAGAACAAAGAAGUCGGACAACAACAGUGGCCACAAUUUAUGUUGAUGGCUGCUUCAGACGUGGUGGGACCAGUAGGCACGAGUUGA